AUGACAUCCAGCUGCUGUGUCAGCAGCACCUUGCCAGUCUCUCUCAAGAGCUCUUCACGACCGUCUUCCGUCUGUUCCAGUAACAUGGGCAGCAGGCCGGAGCUGUGCUUGGGUUAUGUGUGCCAGCCCCUGCAGGGCAUGUCCUCCAUCUGCAUGCCUACCACCUACAGGCCAGCCAGCUGCCUCUCCAAGCCCUACCUGUCCAGCUCCUGCCAACCCAGUAACCGCCGGCCAACCAGCUGCUCCAUGGGGACCUAUGGCCUGAUCUGUGAGGGCUCCUUCAAUGGCAACGAGAAGGAGACCAUGCAGUUCCUGAAUGACCGCCUGGCCAACUACCUGGAGAAGGUGCGGCAGCUGGAGAGAGAGAAUGCCGAGCUGGAGGGCAAGAUCCAAGAUGUCUACCAGGCUCAGGUGCUGACCAUGUGUCCCGACUACCAAUCCUACUUCCAGACCAUUGAGGAGCUCCAGCAGAAGGUUCUGUGCACCAAGGCAGAGAAUGCCAGGAUGAUUGUGCACAUUGACAAUGCCAAACUGGCUGCAGAUGACUUCAGGACCAAGUAUGAGACAGAGCUGGCCCUGAGACAGCUGGUAGAAGCAGACACCAACGGCCUGCGCAGGAUCCUGGACGAGCUGACCCUGAAUAAGGCUGACCUGGAGGCUCAGGUGGAGUCCCUGAAGGAGGAACUGCUGUGUCUCAAGAGGAGCCAUGAAGAGGAAGUCGGCGUCCUUCGACAACAGCUCGGGGACCGCCUUAACAUUGAGGUAGAUGCCGCACCCCCCGUGGACCUGACCAGGAUGCUGGAGGAGAUGAGGUGUCAGUACGAGACGAUGGUGGAGGCCAACCACAGGGAUGUGGAGGAGUGGUUCAACAUGCAGAUGGAAGAGCUUAACAAGCAGGUGGCCACCAGCUCCGAGCAGCUUCAGAGCUACCAGUCAGACAUCAUUGAUUUGAGACGAACAGUCAAUACCCUGGAGAUCGAACUGCAGGCUCAGCAUAGCCUGAGAGACUCUCUGGAAAACACGCUGGGGGAGACGGAGGCUCGCUACACCUCCCAGCUGUCCCAGAUGCAAUGCAUGAUCACCAACGUGGAGUCCCAGCUGUCUGACAUCCGCUGUGACCUGGAGAGGCAGAACCAAGAGUACAAGGUGUUGCUGGAUGUCAAGGCCCGGCUGGAGUGUGAGAUUGACACAUACAGGGGCCUACUGGAGAGCGAGGACAGCAAGCUACCCUGCAACCCUUGCUCGGCUCCCUCUGGCCAGCCCUGUGCACCCUCCUCUGGGGUGUCCCGCUCAGUCUGUAUGUCCCGCACGGUUUGUGUACCUUGCUCGCCCUGCCUUCAGAGCCGCUACUGA